ACGCCUGACACCUAUUCAUGUCAAUAUGGCGAAAUCCUAUGACCAUCUCUUCAAGCUGCUGCUGAUCGGGGACAGUGGGGUGGGGAAGACCUGUCUGAUCGUGCGCUUCUCCGAGGACAGCUUCAACAGUACCUACAUCUCCACCAUAGGAAUCGACUUCAAAAUCCGGACAACAGAGAUUCAAGGGAAGAAAAUCAAACUGCAGGUCUGGGACACAGCUGGACAGGAGAGAUUCAAGACCAUUACUACGGCCUAUUAUCGGGGGGCGAUGGGCAUCAUCCUGGUCUAUGACAUCACCGAUGAGCGAUCCUACGAAAAUAUUCAAAACUGGAUGAAGAGUAUAAAAGAGAACGCUGCAUCGGGUGUAGAGCGAAUGCUUCUGGGGAAUAAAUGUGACAUGGAGACCAGACGGAAAGUCCCAAAGGAGCGAGGAGAGAAGCUUGCUAAAGAACAUGGUAUCCGGUUCUUUGAGACCAGCGCCAAGUCCAGUCAGAACGUGGAUGAGGCGUUUAAUGCACUGGCCACGGAUAUCCUCAUGCAGAUGUCCCGGAGGGCGGGUCACGGGAUGAAGGAUCCAGUGGAUUUAAGAAAUUCUUCCAAGAAAGGAGGAAACAAGUGUUCUGUGAUCUGAGGAUCCGCUGGAGGAGAUCGGGCCCCCGGGAUAUGGGGGCGGCCCCUAUAGAACUGACAGAGGAUUAAUCCUGAGCGCCCCCCGGGGUCCAAUGGGGGUCCCCCAUCUCCUGCCCCCACAGGUCAAAUAGGAUCCUCCCCCCGUCAUAUAUCUCAUGGACAGUCGUCUUAUAGCAGGUCGCCCCUCCCCCGCCUGACGCUUAGUAUUAGGGUUCAGGGAUGUGACUGAGGCUCCGAUAUUCCAGGGGUCCCGGACUGGGACCCCCGACCUAUAGGGGCUAACGAUGGACAAUGGGGAAAGUUAUUAUAAGGCGGGGGAGGGGCUGAAGGCUUCAGAAGGUGUAUUGUAGCUGGAAGCAGGGGAGGGCAUGCUGGGAGUUGUAGUCCACCACCCUGAGGAUUCAGAAUGGAAUAUAGGACCAAGAGUGUAAAUACCGGGGCCCCUUCUAAGACCACCCUGGGGCCCAUGGCGUUGUGGUAGAGGACGUGCCUGGCGUGUGCACUACAUCUCCCAGGAAGCAGCACUUAGUCUUCUGCUGUACGGUAUGUCAGGGGCCACGCAGCAGCCAAUCACAGUGCAGCCUGUGAAGUGUGGCUCCUGAUGGAGGAUUUCUUGUAAUUACUGUUUUGUAUAAUAAAUACAGUUUUCUAACA